GUCACGUGAUAAACACCGUCACGUCGUCUCGAUACAAACUGAAGGAAAAAGUCAGUUUAUUCAGCAGUAGUUGUUACCAGAAUUCGCACACUGUGUAACCGUCUUCAACAUUUGUGAAGGGCGGACUGAUCUGCAAAUUUCAUCAUGAAGGUUCUUAUUCUUUCCUGUCUUCUAGCUGUGGCACUGGGGAUAGACUACGACGGAGUUAAAAAAAGUUUUGAUGCUACCGACAUCAACCAUGAUGGUAUUAUACGCCCAGAUGAGAUACUGACUCUCUUCACAAAGACUGACGCAAACAACGACGGAAACAUAACCGCUGAAGAGUUUACAGCUCUUUAUCAACCCGGGACACCCGAGGUAAACCAGGGUUAUUUCAACUACUACGACAAACUAGAUGGCGCUGCUGACGGUGUGAUCUCUAUGGCAGUUGCUCAACUGCUUUUUGACGUCUUCGACGCUGGCAAUGAUGGUGAAAUCACACUUGAAGAUUGGUUAGCGGCUCUUACACAGCUAAAAGAUGACAUCCAAAACGAGAUUUUGGCUUCAUAUGCUGAUUAACAGGCUGAUACAUCCGACACCUGACAGAUGAAGGGAGAUGAUGUUUCAGCAACCAAUGCUAUAUAACAGCAUGACACCGGACAGAGAAUUCUAAUAAAAUUCACAAUGUUUGCAAUGAAC